UUGAGUACCUAAAUAUUUUUCUAUUGCAGAUUCCAUUUGAGAGUGAAGAUUUGCCCUCAAAAAUAGGAAUAGGGUGGUUUUGCUGCUAAAUAUUUUUAAAUAAUCUUAUUUACCAUUUUAUGUGUAGGCUACUUGUCAAGUUGCCAGAAAGUUUUAUUCAAAUUUCUUGACUUUAUUGUCUGGAAGUGAAGUCUUAGUAAAGCAUCUCGGCCAUCUCCAGACCAAUAUCAAUAAAAACUUCAAUUUGUCAGCUGUUGUUCUAAUUAAUACCAUCAUUUUUCAUGUCUUGGUAUUAAUUAUUUUUUUCUAUUAUGCAAAACCAUUCCAGUUGUUGUGACUAUAACAUGGUGUAAAUCAAACCUCAGUCUACCUAAAUUUGUUUUCAUCCUAGCCUAUUUGCAUCUGUGAUCUGUCCUAUUCAAACUUGCCUCUUAAGUUUCAUUGAUUGCAAGUUUGCAACACAAACAUGUCAGCUGGACCUUAUAAUUAUUCCUAUAUAUUUAAAUAUAUAAUCAUUGGAGACAUGGGAGUAGGAAAGUCCUGUCUCUUACAUCAGUUUACUGAAAAGAAAUUUAUGGCUGACUGCCCCCACACAAUUGGAGUUGAGUUUGGCACGCGCAUCAUUGAAGUUGCUGGACAGAAAAUUAAACUUCAGAUCUGGGACACAGCAGGACAGGAGAGAUUUAGGGCUGUUACAAGGUCAUACUACCGAGGAGCAGCCGGAGCCUUGAUGGUAUAUGAUGUGACAAGGCGGUCCACCUACAACCACCUGAGCUCGUGGCUGACCGACGCCCGUAACCUGACUAACCCGAACACGGUCAUAUUCCUCAUAGGCAACAAGGGGGAUCUGGAUGCUCAGAGGGAUGUCACCUACGAAGAAGCCCAGCAGUUUGCUGAGGAAAAUGGACUCAUGUUUGUGGAAGCCAGCGCUAAAACUGGAGAAAACGUUGAGGAAGCCUUCUUAGAAACCGCCAAGAAAAUCUACCAAAAUAUUCAAGAUGGAAGUCUGGACCUAAAUGCGGCUGAGAGCGGAGUGCAGCACAAGCCCAACGGUGGACAGGCGGGCGCCGGGGGUCGAGCUACCCUCAACAACUCCAGCGCGGGACAGACCAGAGAAAAUUGCUCCUGUUAGGCCAAGGCCUUCCUCUUCAUCAACUUGAUGAGAUUGGUUUAGGGGUGCGGGGAUUAAAAGUUCAGAAGUUUGUAAUGUUGAUCGAACUUAUAGCAAAGAUUGAAUUGUGUUUUCCGAACUAGUGAAAUUAUCCACCAUAGAAAACUGGUCGUGUUAAACCAUUUCUAGUGAUCAAGUUAUCAGUUCGAGUUGAGAGAAGGAAAGGUUUUCAAUUCAGAACUGGUGGAUUGAAAAUAUUGCGUUGACUCCACUUUAUUCUCCAAAAUAUUUAUUAUCACGACAGAUAAGAAAUACGAACUGUUGCUGAAAACUGUUUUUGUUGGAUAGAAUAUUUCAAUGUUUACUAAUCUCAAUGAUUAUGAGCUAAAAGUUUGAAAGACAUUUCCAUUUAAAACAAAUUAGGUUUACUGCUGAUUAAAUUACAAUGGAUAGCUGAUAAAGCGUAUUACCAAAGUGAAUGAAUAUAAUCUAUUGAAGUUUGUAGUUGAGGCUUUUCCUAUUAUUGGUUUUGUCAUGUAUAAUUAAUCAAUCUGGUACUUAGCGAUAUCGCGAAGUUUUCUCCUCUAAUCUGAUGAAUUUUAAUGCUGCUAUUCACCACUUCGCAUUAUUUAUUUUUUUGUAAAAUAUGCGUGUAUGGUACCUAUAUAUUAGUAACUCUGAACAAAGAAAAUAUCUUUCGACUAAAGUCCAAUCUUUCAUACGUCUAAAAAUACAAUAGUUGUAUUUGUGAUAAUUUCCUGGGUUGAGGCGAUUUUUUUACAAAUUAUUCCACGAUGUAGGUUUUGAAUAUAUUGUAUUUUACUAUCAUUCCAAGGGGGAAAGGGGGCUUCGACGGGAAUUUCCCAUUGAAUGCCGUUGAGAAACUGUCCUCCUGACCGGUUACUCCCAGAGCUUACGUUCAAAGACAAUUAACUUCUUUGUUUACGAAACGAGCUGCACUUUUGUCGAUAUAUCACAUUUUUCCAUGUUCAGUGGCCAUGCUUGUGUUGUGUGGGAAAUGUUUUGGUUCAAAUUCCGCUGCAAAAGUGGAUUAUUUUCUACAACCUGCCGUGAAGUUUGUUUUUUUAUUUCAUUGCACUGUGAAUUAUGUGAAUUCUCUUGGUUGCCUGCAAAAACAGUUAGAUAGCUAUGGAUAGUUUGAAUGGUUUUCUACGUAUAAUCCAGGUACUGGUGUAUAUUUUUCCUUAUUAAGGUCAGGUCGACAUACAUCUUCAUAAACUAUCGAAGGUUAUUUUUUUAAUUUGAUAGACCGAGAAGAAUUUUUUCUGAUAGAAAUGAUGAAUGGAAAUCUCUGGAUUGGGAGAAUUUGGAAAAUGUUACCGCGUAGAUUUAAUGCCUGGCUAUGUUAAGUUUUCAUUUCGAUCGAUGUAAAUUUGUUAGCUUUUCCAAAUUCAAGUCCUGUCAGAGAACAGAUACGUAUAUGUAAUAUGGAAGUUGUAUCAAUGUUGAAACGUGUCUUCAGCUUAGAUUACGAGUUGAGGAUCUCAUUGCCUUAUCCAGAACUUUCCAACUUGGGUUAAAUUUCAGAGUAGAAUGCUCUAAACGGGAGAUUUGAAAGUCAUAAUGCUAUUAAUUUUGAUUGCAAUGGAAUAUUUACCUAUUGUGUUUAUAUGCCCCCCUCAUUCCACGAACUGUUAAUUAGAGCUGCUUGUGACGAGGAAGCAAUAACAGGCGUUCCAAAUUCGCCUUCAUCUGGAAACUUCAGUUAGUGUGAUGGAUUGGCAAGUUCCGCAGCAGCUAAGGAGAAAAUUUGGCGUCCGUGAAAAGUUCUGAAAUGAAUUGUUUGUAAGAAAUGUUGUCCUGUCCGAACGGAAGUAUUUCCUUGAUCUUGUACCACUAAUAUUUUUUCUUGAACAUGAAGCGUAAGCAACAAACUCAGUGCAAUGUUUCUCUCUUCUCUGUGAAUAAUUUUUCAAUGUUCACAUAGCGUCGCAUACGAGUACUUAUAUUGGAGAAUUACCAACAAGAUAACUUGACGAAAUUAUGUUCUUCCAACAAUAAUGAAGAUAUAUUCCCGUGUCGAAAUGGUGCAAUAAAAACCUUUUAUUUUGUCCAUGUUGAUAAUUUGAUGACGCGAUGAAAACUCUCAUGCGGCAAUAUGUGCUUGUCCUGCUGUAAAGGUCUGAGGAGUCUGUGAAUAAUCUAUAUCUUGUCUUCGUAUAUAAUGAGUAGGUAUGUAUUUGUGCUGUAUAUCAACAUUCAGCUGUAUGCCACACCUGCGUGUGUAGGUACGUUAGUAUUGGUAUUUGAAGGUAGCGAACUGCGUGAGAGGAGUACUUAUGAUUGCGAAGCCUUGUUUUUACCCAAUAUGUAUGCCGGAAAAGUCGCGGUACACUUGGGCUCAUGCAUAAUUUUCUGUAAAUCGAUUUUAAAGUCAAUAUCUAAAAUUUGCUACCAAAUAAUUUAAAUUGCUCGAAACUAACUUGUGUGGUUCAACUGUGCAUAGCACUGUUAGGGCCGUGUUUACUCUACAAUGUUAACAUAUUCUGGUUAAUAUAACCAAACAGCUUGAAUUCGAUAGUGAUUUCAAUUGCUUAAGAUUCCAUAAUAUUUUCAGUGGGCAUCGUUGUAAACCAAAAACAAUUAUUGUUUUUUGUUGCAAGCAAACUGUCUAUAUUUCCUCCUACUUAACUGUAUUAACGGCAGGACCUGAGAUCUCCCCUCCCUAGAAUACAGUACAAGAAAUUCACUACUGGCAAUGCUCUCCUGCCAGCGAUGCGAAAUUCUUCAAAUCAGGCUUACGACGACACGAAAGCAUUUACCGUUUGUCAUUUAUUGAUUAAUGCACAUUGUAGCAUUUCGUUUCUUAGUAAAUAGUAUGAACCUAUCGCUCUUGGCUUGAACGGAGCGUCCUGUCCAUGGUUCUUUGAUAUCGUAACUCGUUGAAGCUGACGUCAUUGUAACCAACCGUAUUACAAUUACUGAAUCGUAGUCGUGAAUUCCGGCUCUGCCAGUAACGAAUAUUUCAAGUAUAUUUGAGCGUGCGGUUUCUCAAGUGGUUUAGUACAGGAGUUUUGUUAUAUCUGAUGUCUAUUAUAAUAUGACAUGCAAAUACUGAGGUUACGAGCCCAUAAAUGUUACGCGUGUUUGGUUACGGGCUGUUGAAAGCCAACACUUGAAUGGCAGAGAGCUAAACAUAUUCUUUGUAUUUUAGCUUGAUGAAUGUUUUAAAAAGAUUAUAUAAAAGUUAGUCUGACGAGUUAAUCGUCGUUCUGUUGCACGUUUAAAGGAAUAUUUCUUCAAGAGUGUAGGUGAGGAAUGGGAGACGAGUGUGUUUGGGUGUAUUACGGAGGGUAAAGUUUGUUCUGAUUGCGCGGGGGGAGAAAAUGUCGCUUGUUUUUAUUCACCUGCACUUUCUUUGUUUUGUUUGCAAUUAUCGGGAGGUUUUCUGUUUAAUAUAAAUGCCGUUAUAUUAUAGUAUUUUAUGUGUCUCUGAAGUGUGAGCCAAAGCUUUAGCUCUUUACUGCCCAGUGGACAAAUUGUUCGUCCUAUCGUACUGCUAUUCUUACCAGAACUGAGAAGCUAACCGGGCAGUAAAGGGUUAACAUUAUCGAUGUUGUGGAUCCUGUGUAGUCGAGUGGCUUAUCCUCGCUGCGCGUAUUUCUAAACAAUAAUGUAUAUCGUCAGAAUAUCUUAAUAACAGUAAAUACAAGAAACUACUUCA